AUGCAACCUCCUGAAGAAAAACCAAAAGAAGAAGGAGAAUAAAAGCCAAAAGAAGAAUAGUAACCGUAGUAACCACCACAACAGUAGGAAAAGCCUCCUGCUAAGAAUUACUUAGACUUAUCUAACAAGCCAAUUCCCCCCAAUGCCACUGUGAUCCAAUUUGAAGUUUGCAUCAAUUGCUCAAAAUCUCAUUCGUUUUGUACUCAGCAUGACGAACUACGAUAUGCGAAAUUAUAUCAUGAGUUUAAGGAAGCUGUUGAAGCUGGAAUUCCAAAUUCGUUUUGUGUAGUAAACCAUGCAAUUUAGAAACCUUCGAUUGGAGCAUUUGAAAUCACUCAUUAAAGUAAUGCAUUAAUUUCUAAUGUAGAUAAAAUAAUUUACUCUAAAAAGAAUUCAGGAUUGUUUCCUGCUGUAGCACCAACAGUGGAAAGAAUCAAAAGAUUCCUUGAUGAUCUAUAAAAUGGAAAGGAUGUUAAAGGCUAUGCUACAACUAAGGAAAAGAAGCUGGAGAAACCUAUUGAAAAGAAGUCAAAACCUACAUUUUAAGCUUACAUAAAAAUGAAGGAGGAAGAAUUUGCAAGAUAGGAAGCAAUUAGAGAAGAAAACGAGAGAAAGAGAAAGGAGCAAGAAGAGAAGGAAGAGAAAGAAAGAUAGGAGAGAGAGAGAAUUGAAGCAGAGAAUAAGAGGAUUGCAGAAGAGGAAGCUGCAAAGAAAGCCGAAGAGGAGAGAUUGAAAAAGGAAGAAGAAGAUAAAAUUAAAGCUGAGGAAGAAAAAAAGAAGGCUGAAGAAGCUGCAAAAAAUCCUUAAAAUUAAGAAGGGGGUGAAAAACCUCAAGAACAACCUUAAGGUGAGAAGCCAGCUGAAAAACCAGCUGAAAAACCAGCUGAGAAACCAGCUUAAUGA